AGAUAUGCCAAAACAACCCAUGUUUUCAUUUUCAUUUUUUUUUUUAAAGAAAAGAAAACUCAAAAGGGUCGGUGAAGAUAUUGCCUAAGGCAACCACCUCUGUUCUUGAUCCUCCACACCAUCUCAAAACUCUUCUCCCACCUCAAAAUUUUCCCGGAAAAGAACAAGCAAACAAACAACCAAAAAUCACGAAUAAUGCUCGAUCCUGGCUCAGAAACACCACAACAACAAGAACACCCUUUUCUUUUCCAUUACGAGGCCGGUAAUACCAGACCGAGAAGUGAUGAACGACAUGAGAGUACGAAUUGGACAAGAGCUCAAAAAACAGCCCAAAACUACCACAACAACAACAGCGACAAUGAUCAGAACUACUACUAUAGCAACAGCGACAACAACAACUCCUCGGGAGUUUCCUCUCCACCACUCUGGAGAACAAUAUCAAGAUCACAACAGCAGCAACCACAGGUCAAUUACCGGAGCCUGUCGCCGGCGUCGAAGGCACAAGCGAUCGCGAGAGGACAACGGGAGCUCAUGGAUAUGGUGAGGAACAUGCCCGAGUCGUGCUACGAGCUGUCGUUGAAAGAUCUCGUCGAAGUACACAAUCCCUUACCUGCAGAAACCAAUAAUAAUAAUAAUAACAGAAGUGAUUUGUACUCGGAUCAUCAGUACUUAGAGAGGAGAUCGGAUAGUCAGAAGAGGACUGGUGACAGUACUCAUCCGAUGAUGAUGAGUCGGAGAAGGAGCGGGAGAUCACAAGGGGAGGAAAAGGGGUCGUCGUUGUCCUCGGGUUUCCUUCUGAAGAUGGUGUUUCCGGUGUCGCUUGGGUCGAAGAAGAAGUCGUCGUCGUCAACGAAGAAGAAAGUGGCGGUGGUCAAGAAUAAGACCGACCAAGUUAAUAACAACAAUAAUAAUAAUAAUAAUAAUAUGAGUUCCAAGGUGUCUCCAAAGCCUAAUUCUGAUAGUAUUGGAGGAUCAAAUAGAAGUAAUAGUGUGGAUAAGGAGUGGUGGAAGAAGAGAUAUACGGUGAUGUCAGAAGAACAACAACGACAACAACAGAGUGGUGGUAGUGAUCAUCAGUACUACUCGAGUAGUACUGGUAAUAGUGGAAGCAGCAAGAGCAGUUCUGGCAGCAGAAGCAGCAGUCUUGGCAGCACCAGAAGCACCGGCAGCAUCAGGCAAGGAAGUGGUCGGGUUCGUGGUGGUUGCUGGUCGUUUAUUUUUAGAAAAAAGAAAAGCAAAGGGGAAGAAUGAUUGAGGUAGAGCUGCUUUCAUUGAAGUUGAAGGAUGUUAUAUCAAUUGGUUAUCACACCCCUUUUUAACAAUGCUUGCUUUAUAUAUUAUUUUAUAGUAAAAUAUUGCAGCAAAAUUGUACUAUUUCUGGUGUAUAUUCUCAGCAAGCAGUUUUCCCACCAAGGAGAAAAAACAAUGUGCUUUUUUUUUUCCUUCCUUCUCCUUUUCAAUUCAUAUCCCAAAGAGUCUACUCUUCAUUUGUUGAGAGAUAUGAUUUAAAUUUCUGAGUCUUGCUUUAAGUGUCUGUAAUUAGUGAGUUUUAAUAGUGUUAAUUAGGAACAAGUACCACAAUUAAUGAAGAAGCUGACGCGGAUCAGUCGAUGUGCUUGAAAA